UUUUACAAAAUAAUAAAAAUGCUACAUACAUUUAAAUGCAUGUGCUUGUGUCUGCAGACUUAUCUCACUCCAGCCGGCUGACCAAAGUUUGCAACCCUGGGAAGUCGAUCUAAUUUUGUACCCCAUACAAUAUGUACUUUUGCCCAGGGAAAUCUGAUCAGAACCUACUAUUUUAAGUGUCUGGGGUAACAGCGUGGCCUCCACAUCAGCAGGGGGCAGCACAUUUAGCCCGGAAGGCUCGAAACUCGGACCUGUUCAAGACUGGCAUGGCGUCCCGAAAGCGAAGCGCGGUGUGGCUGUACUACCAACCCGGCGAAGACGCCAGCAAGGUGGUCUGCAUGAUAUGCCUGGAUGCCAUCCAGCACUGUGGCAACACCAGCAACAUGCUGAAGCACUUGCGCUCGAAGCACCACGCCGAGUACGCCGACGUGGAGGCGAAGAAGAAAGCGGAGGCGCGCACCCCGCGGGAGGCCGCGCACGCAGUGGCCGCCGCCUCCACUGCAGCCGCCGCGUACCCAGACAUGCUGACGAUUGUGGUAGAUGACUCGGAAAAGGAACAAAUAAAAAGUGAGGAUGACAGAACCGGGACGGUCAUUGGCAUCCAUAACGGACCCUCCCAUUCCUCUGUCUCAGAGCCCAAGAAGGAGGGAGCCAUAUGGGCGUAUUAUCAGGAAGGGCACGAAGGGAAUUCUGCCCUCUGCCUGCUGUGCUCGGAAAACGUCCUCUAUCGGCGCAACGAGAGCCAGCUGCACAAGCAUUUACGCAAACGGCAUCCCAACGAAUAUAAUGGCUUAGAAGGCGGAGCCUCGGCGGUGGGGUGGGAGGAGCCGGCGGCAGGAUCCAUGGUGCACUGCUCCCUGAGGCGGCCAUCUUUGCAAGAUGAAGCUUGUGGCAUCGGUGGAAGGUUCCCUGAUAUACUCGAGGUAAUAACGCUAGGGCAGUCAGAGCAGGAGCAGACAAGGCGGGCCUUGGAGCAGGAGGCCCGGGCACUGCAGCGAGAGAGAGAGCUGACAGAGCAACUGAGGAGAGCCCAGGAACAGGAGGCACGAGCUCUGGAGCAGCAGCGGGAGCUGACGGAGCAGCUGCGGAGGGCCCAGGAGCAGGAGAUGAAGAGGGCCAGAGAACAGGAGGCCCAGGCUCUGGAGCGUGAGAGGCAGGCCAUAGAGCAGCUGAGGAGGGCCCAGGAGCAGGAGGGCCGGGCCAUACGGACAGAAAGGGAGGCGCUGGAGCAGCUGCGCAGGGAUCUGGAGCAGGAGCGAUUGGCAUUACGGAGGCGGGAACGAGAAUGUGAGGGAGCGGGCAGCGGCCGAGGACGGGCGACACUGGGGACGCAGACCGACGACGCUGACCCAGAGGAGGCGCUGUUGUGAAGGUGGAGGAGCGUGGCUAGUGCUGAGGCCGCUGGCGUGUGGGGGACAUGCGGGCGGGGGAUCGGGGUUAUUGAAGUCACAUGACCCUGGAGGUGCCCAGCCUGCCUCCCUAUUGGCUCGUUUUGUCUCCGCAUCGGAAACCUUGGGCGGCCUGCAUAUGGAUCCAGCCUGCCAGUGCUGCGACAUAAACGUGGGGGUCCAUUCACUCAUGUUCAGCCGUCAUUGAGUCUAGGGCCCAUGUCACUGUUUCCGGUUUACCUACAGAAGACGCAGGACCGGACUGGAACGUGCCCCCGGUCACUAUGAGACCCAGUUGGCCAGUGCCCGUAAUUCUGCGAGAUCCACUGUGUAAACGAGGCUCUGGGGUCGGGUGCUGAAGGGGGGAGCUUGAGGGAGCGCAACCCCAAUGUUCCGGAGAGUUCUUCCAAGAGGCCUUCACUUGCGUCACAAAAUCCCACACCGUGGCUUAUUUAGGAAUGCGUUAAGAAGAAAUAGUCGGGGAAAUAAGACAGACCAGCGAGUCAGCAAGUGCCAUGACAUGGGAAGUCAUGUUUCAGAAAGAACAAAGUGGUGAAAGAUCUUUACUAUUGGUCAUAAUUGUUAAACUUCCAAGCUGUUUGUAUCCGUUACAAUUUCAUAAUACGAUGCUUUAAUCCAGGGGUGGCCAAUCUUAUCUGCAAAGGGCCGGUGUGUAUGCAGGUUUUUGGGAUAACCUUUAGGUCAGCUGUUCAAACCCAGGUGUGAGGAGUCUUCAGCCAAUCAGUCCUCUAAUUAGUAAUCUAAUUAGGGAGUUGCAGCGAAAUCCCGCAUACACAGCGGCCCUUUGCGGAUAAGAUUGGCCACCCCUGCUUUAAUCCAUCAGUUGCCAUCAAAGCAAAACACAGUUUAAACAGGUACCAACAUCUGUACACCUGGCACCUUUUCAAAAUUCACAUUGUCACUGUAACCUUAAUGUCCACUGCUGCCGAUUUCCGCUGUGUGACUUUCCAUCCCCUGUCACAUGUCUAGGACCGCUGGGUGACACAUCAGCUCCUUUAAAGCACUGAACCUCUUUCGUGAGCGAUUACAGGAACCUGCCUUCCGGUGACUUUUUACUUUUGCGGGUUGUGGCUCAUGCUGCUUGUGUCUGCCUCAGUGUUUUUGCAGUCAAACUUAAUUUGUAUGUGGGAGACGGGGUGUUUAUAUCCUGAAAUACACAUCUGUAAUGUAAAGAGUAAAUUACGAAAUGUAUAUACCAGGUGUCAAGCAUAGGGAGAGUUUACCUUCCAUCUCUGGGACAGAAUUCUCUAACUGUUGAAAAAAAAUCAUUAAUAUAACUUGAUGCUGGAUAGAGCUAAUGACUGUUAACACUUUUUAAAUCCCCCCCCCGCAUCUGUAGAGUUGCUGUUUGUUCUGUAAUAGGUCUCCCUCUCAACUUGCAUCAUGCCAAUUUGUGAGGUUAUGUCAUAUGAAAUUUUCCCUCAAGGGGGCGCCCCUGUCCACAUGACUGACUCUUAAGGACUAUGGACCCUGGAGUGAGCUAACACUCUAGCCAAAUGCUGUUCAUUCUGACCCACUUGUGGCCCUGUAGCUGCCCUAUCGAAAGCACUGUACUCGCUCUACUUGAAUAUGCAAGCAUGUUAUAUUGGGAUCUUCCCUGCCAUAAAAAUGUGAGGUUUACAUUUUCAGAUUUAAUGGUACAUUUUCCAAUUUAUAUCCUAUGUCUCCAUUUAAUGUGCGGUUAACUUAUUGUUUUUAUUCACAUUUGAUUGUAUAUAAAUGUGUUUUAUAGCUGAGUUAAAUUAUCUGCAUAAGUGAGUGGAUUUUGGAAAAAACACAGUUUGAAUUGUCCCAUAGAAUCCUUUAUGACUUGUCUCUUUGUAAUCUAGUCAUAAAUAAAAAUGCUACUUGCAUAUGUUUUUGCAUGCAUGUAAAUGAGGAGGGGCUGUCGCGAGUAGCUUAGCAACCUGAAACCUACAGAGCUUGAAUCCCACCUCUGUUCCAUGUGCGUGGGCUUCGCAGGGGGUCUGGUUUUUCCCCCACUAUUCCAAAAAGCAGUUGGGCCAACUGGGAUCUGUCUAUCUGUGAUGGGCCGGCAUCCUGCUAAGUGGUUUUCCCCUUAUGCCCUCUGCUUCCUGGGGCAAGACUCCAGGAACGUGUGCUAUUUCAUUAUUGAGCAUUUCAUUUUCAUUUAAGUAAAUAAAUUCACACUGCUUUUA